AUGAACGUUUUGGAGAGUCCACAAGCGUGUGGAUGUACUACGAGUGAGUGCGAUGGCCUCACUUGUGGUACGGUCGUUAGUACGACUGCACAAAACCUUAGUGUACCAAACGGUUACACUUCGGAGCAAAGUUCCGGCGGCUGUGAGGAAACACAGGCUGCGCCGAAGGUCCACCACUCGAAUAAGUCGGGUGGACUGGGACAAAGAUGUAUCCCUAGAGGGGAACAUCUAGAAGAGAAACAAUCGAUCGCUCAGGUUAAGCGAAACGAUAAUCCUAGAUCGACUGGAGAGUCUUUCGUAGAGGAUCUCGCUGUGGUUGCGCAACCCCAGCUAGAGGAAGUAAAGGGAAUAAGUCCCAAGAUUACAAAUACGGCGGAAAUAAGUUCCCCGAAACCCGCGGGAAUAAGUCCCCGGGAAGACGAAGGAAUAAGUCCUUCGAAGCCUGAGGGAAUAAGUCCCCAGGAAAUGACAGAGACAUUGAAUGUCAUGGUCAAUAACGGAUCAAGUGUAGGCGCUUAUACACUUGAUCUGAUUGCGCCUCCGAAGUUAACUUCGGAGAUCACUCAGUUGCCAACGCUCGAACAUAAAAGAUUCUUGCGUGAUCUGCGUAGUGGCAAAGUCAAGCAGAUCUGCAUACUCGUCGCUGAAGACGAGUAUGUAACCGACAUAAGGUCAGCAACAGUGUUUACUGAUAACGAGAGAGUUCUCAGUAGUUCAUCUAUGGACGAGAGUGUCCUAGAUGAAAAGACACGAAUUGAGCGAUAUGAGUCCCAAUCAUGGGAAUCGCUCAAGGAAAAUCCUCUCUAUGAAGAUUUGGUUGAAUUCAAGGAUGUAUUCCCUGAAACUGUUCCGUGCGAAUUACCGAAGGAUAAAGGUAUUCGACACGAAGUCGAGCUUAAACCAGGCUCGAAGUACUGUGUCAUGAAGCAGUGGCCACUGCCUCGUGAACAAGUACUUGCGAUCGACAAGUUCUUUGCCGAUCGUUUAGCAGCGGGCCAUGUGAGGGAAUCAACUUCCCCACAUAGCUCUCCGACCUUCUGUGUGCGAAAAGCAACAGGAGGGUGGCGGAUAGUGCACGCGUUUAACAAAUUGAACGCUGCAACGGUACCGGCUCAGACGCCGAUACCGAGGAAGGACGUAAUCAUUGAUGGUAUGUCAAAGAGUACCAUCUUUUCGUCCAUGGAUUUGAUGGAUGGCUUCUAUCAAAUCCUAAUGCGGGAACGGGAUAUACCCUAUACCGCAGUUAGCACGCCUAGCGGCAUGCUCUGGGAAUGGCUAGUAAUGCCACAAGGGCUCAGUAAUGCCCCUGCCACGUUCAACAGGUGUGUAUCACAUCUGUUGAGGCCAGUACGAGAAUUCGCUCCGAGUUAUUUCGAUGACGUAUUCAUCCAUAGUCGAGCUAUGGAUGGAAAGUCGGACGUUGAGGUUCACAGGUACCACGUCCGACAGGCUCUUACAAUCAUGCGAAAGCAUCAAUUGUAUGCAAACCUCAAGAAGUGUAUAUUUGCAGCAAGCGAAAUACCACUUCUUGGGUGCAUCGUUGGUAAGAACGGUGUACGUCCUGAUCCCGAAAAGAUCAAGGCGAUCACCGACUGGCCCGUGCCGGUCGAUGUCAAAGGUCUUCGAAAAUUCCUUGGGCUAGCGGCGUAUUUGCAUAAGUAUUCACGCAAUUACGCCGAGAUGACUGUACACCUCUCUCGUUUGUUGAAAAAGAACGAGAGGUGGUUAUGGGAACGCUGA